UAGAAGCGACCCACUAAGCUUCCAGAUCUGUCUGUUCAUCACUCUCUCCUUUGUCUUUUGCUCCUCACUAGUACUCAACUGUCUCCGGGCGUUUCUUUCAUCUCGCUAAAUCUCCGUCGCCGUUUGCUCUCUGUUUGGUUCGAAAUGGGUUCAAGGGGUGAUAAGGGAAAGAACGUCUCUUCGGGUGGCUCUAACGCAGAGGUUGAGCAGCUGGCGAAAGGCUUUUCAGAGACGAAGCUGGGUCCUUCACAAGACGAUGGAGGAGAGUGGGAGGUCAUCUCCAAGCGGAACAAGAACAAGCCUGGUAACGCUGCUGCUGGGAAGUUAUGGGCCACAGCUCCUAACCAGAACCCUCCUAGAGCGUGGGGUGGUCAGCAGCAGCAGCAAGGGAGGGGUAACAAUGGCUACGGGAGAGGAAGGGGAACGCAGGUCUCUACUGGUCGCGGAGCUGGGCGUGGACAAGCGAUGAACAGAGGGUAUGUUGGUGCUUCGGCUCCUGUGACUCGACCUCCUCUGGAAGGAGGAUGGAGUUGGCAGUCUAGACCGGGCGCUGCUCAGCAGACUGUGACUGAGGAGGUUCCAGAGGUGGAGGAUGAUGAUGUUUCUGAGGGAGAGGAGGAUGAUUGCGAUGCUUUGGAUGAUUCUGAUGAAGACCUCGCGAGUGAUGACUACGACUCCGAUGUGAGCCAGCAGAGCCAUGGGACGAGGAAGCAGAACAAGUGGUUUAAGAAGUUUUUCGACAGCUUGGAUAGCUUGUCUAUCGAGCAGAUAAACGAGCCACAGAGGCAGUGGCAUUGUCCGGCUUGCCAGAACGGGCCUGGCGCUAUUGACUGGUACAAACUUCAGCCACUUGUAGCUCACGCGAGGACAAAGGGAGCUAGACGUGUUAAGCUCCACAGGGAACUGGCUGAGGUUCUGGACAGGGAUCUGCAGAUGAGGGGAGCAUCUGUCAUUCCCUGCGGUGAAAUUUACGGGCAGUGGAAGGGUUUGGGUGAGGAGGAAAAGGACCAUGAUAUUGUCUGGCCGCCAAUGGUUGUCAUCAUGAAUACUAGGCUGGACAAGGACGAGAAAGACAAGUGGCUAGGAAUGGGCAACCCGGAGCUGCUGGAGUACUUUAACGAGUAUCCUGCUAUUAAAGCACGCCACUCCUAUGGUCCACAGGGCCAUCGUGGGAUUAGUGUUCUGAUCUUUGAGAGUACCGCCACUGGCUACUUUGAGGCUGACCGCCUACACAGGGACUUAGCUCAAAAGGGGUUUGAUAGAGACGCCUGGGACCGUCGCCGCAGAUGGUUUUCUGGAGGUGUUCGCCAGCUGUAUGGCUUCCUUGCGACCAAGCAAGAUCUGGAUUCAUUCAAUCAACACAGUCAAGGGAAAACAGGGCUGACGUACGAGAUGAAGUCGUACCAGGAGUAUGUGGUGAAGGAGCUGAGGCAGAUCGCUGAAGACAAUCAGCAGCUUAACUGGUUCAAGAACAAGCUGACGAAACAGAACAAGCACGCCAAGGGGCUUGAGGAAUCGCUGGGGAUUUUGAGCGAGAAGCUGCGUAAAACUGCAGAAGAUAAUCGUAUCGUGAGACAGAGAACAAAGAUGCAGCAUGAGCAGAACCGAGAAGAGAUGGAUUCACAAGACAAGUUUUUCAAAGAGUCCAUCAAGCAGAUACAUGAGAAAAGGGACGCAAAGGAAGAGAACUUCGAGAUGCUGCAGCAGCAUGAGCGUGCUAAAGUUGUUGAUUUGCGAAAGAGGGCUGAAGAAGUGUCCAGCUUCAUAGAAUGCCAAGAGAAAGAGAUGAAAGAGUUUGUGGAGGAGAGGGAGAAGCUGAUAGAAGAGCAGGAGAAGAAGAUGGCAGACUUGAAGAAAAAGUAUUUCGAGGAGAUGCUUGAUCUUGAGAGGGGAUUUGAUAAGGCGUUGGAGCAGCUCAUGAGCAAGCACGGCCUCCACGAUGCAGAUGACACAGAAGACUACUAGCUCUCACGUUGGUGAAUCUAAGGAGAGAUUGGAGAAGAAAGACUAUCUCAAUCUCAGCAGGGAUAAUAAUAAUAAUCUAAGGAGAUUUAUGACGCUUGUUAUUCUCCAUUUUCAGUAAAAGACGGCUAAGGAAGUAUUUUGUGAUCAAAACAAAGUUUAAAUGUUUGAUAAGUAUCAAAAGUCGAGGAGUUCUGCUUAA